GCAGGCACAGCGAUGGAGCCCGGGAGCUGGCCAACUAUGUUCUCUUCGGUUUAUAUGACUACAAGAACAUCAAGAGGUCUAACCUUCCAGAAGACACUGUUGAUGACAUGAUGCUCCUGAUCAGACAAGAUGGUGUUCGCAUAUACUGUAACCCUGUCAACUACCCAUACCUGCUGCCUUACAUUGCACACUGGAAGAACCUACAGAUCUUCUGUAUGGCGGAAGACAAGUACCAUGAGGAUGAGGAGGAGGCUGAGGAGUACAAGAUCAGGAGUUUUGUGGCCAUGAUGGAAGGGAGCAACAGAGUGGGGCUGCCUUACAGCUCUAGAUUUAAUCAGCAACAGUUCAGCCCAAUGGUCAUAGAGAAGUGGCCUAUUAUACAGGCAUUUGCCCUGGAAGGGUUUGGAGGUGGAGGAUUUUUCACCAUGAAGCAUGAGGUGUUUGAUGUCAGCAGUAGACUGGAGCACAUCUACACCAGGCUGGACCCCAUUGGACUGGAGAACCUGGUCACAGAGCAACUGUCCCAGUUUGAACAGCAGUGGACUUCAUUGAUCAAGAAUAUUGAUGUUGAAAGGUAGGAGAUGAUGUUGUUUGGUAUGGAGCAAUCAGAGAAAGAACUAGCACUUACAUGUAUGUGUGCCA